AUGGAUCCAGAGUCGCGCGCGUCCCCUAGACGGCUCUCAUUGACGGGGCGGAUAGGCGGGAGCCGCGAUGCCGCCAAGACCAUCUCGGCGAGGAUCCAGGAUUUGCAGGAGAGGCUGGCGCGGUAUGAGAGCCAGGGACUCGGCUUCUCUGUCAUCGAGGGCAGAGACGAUGAGACGAGGAUAGCCGUGGACCCGCCGGUGCAGUCUCCGAAGCGUCCACGGACAAGUGCGACUGUACAUACGCCGACGGAUAAUGCGACGCAGGUCAACGCCGCGUCGACGUUGCUGGGCCUAGCACUAGAUCAACUGACUUCUCCCCCAUCUACCAACACCAUCUCCCGCGGACCGGCGAGUAACGUCGUCGAGUCUUCGCCGGGCUCAAGUAAGACACCCCCAUACCUGAAGAAGCCAUACUCUCUCACACUCCCACCAGCCAUCCCCGCCGACUCGACCCUAAGCUCCAGCCACAACUUCGGCUCCCGCCUGCAGAACCUCCUCGAACACCCUCGCCUCAGCGGCAGGGAACCCACACCCCAACCGCGCCCUCACGCACCGUCCUCGCAGCCCCGUACAACCAAACCCCACGAUGACGGCCCCGCGCUGCCCUCCGAGGACGAGGGCCGCAAGCUCUUCGAGAGCAUGUCCUUCUUCAUCGGGUACACGCAGCACCACAUCGACACACGCGAGUUCUCGGACCGGCUGGCCUUCUUCUACGCCAACCUCGGCGACCCCUCGCAGACGCAGACGCCGUGGUAUUUAGAAAUGGUGCUUGUGUUUGCGAUCGGGAAGCUGUUCUCGGGCGCGUUCGACGGCGACGACGAGGAGGUGGGACUGCCGGGCGAGGGCAUGUUCAGGUACGUGCAGGGGCGGCUGCCGAGUCUGAGCGAGCUGUUUGGGCUGGGGAAGCUGGGCGUGGAGAUUCAUGCGCUGGCGGCGGUGUAUUUGCAGAAUGCGAAUCGGAAGGAGGAGGCGUAUCUUUAUUCGGAGAAAGUGCAUCUGAACCGCCUUUGGUGGACGGUGUACAUGCAGGAAAGACGACUUGCUGCCGCCACAGGGAAUCCAUCCGGCAUCUCAGACGACGUCAUCGAGAUUGACAUGCCCAUCGACUCUCCCGGUUUCCCGCCAGCCCUGCCCCUGAGAACCAACAUCAAAAUUGCAAGGGUCACAGGCAGGAUUCUCUCGACAAUCUACGGACCUGGUAACCACCCCGAAGAUUCAUUCGUGCCAAGCGUACAGGAAAUCGUGCAGUCCCUCUACUGGAUUGCCAAAGAGAUCCCCGGCGACUUCUCCAGCAAGCUGUUCGAUAUUCCGUCCAUGGAAGGCGACGUCUCGCUGCGCACGUCGGCGUAUCUGCACAUGAUGCUCUACCAGGCGAUCCUGUUGACCAUCCGCCCCGUCAUGUUACACGUCUCAAAACUAAUCUUCGACGACGACAACGGCGGCGGGUUGAACUUGGGCUCGUCGCCGCUUGGAAGGUUGAGCCGUACCUGCUCAGAGGCGGCGCGGAGGUUGCUGGAAGUCUUGCUGGCGUUGCGCAAGGGCAAUAUGCUAACAAUCUUCGGCUUCUUCGACCUCGACGCCAUCUUCUCCGCCGCCUUCAUCAUGAUCCUCACCCUCAUAAUCGACUCCACCUCCGACGACUCCCAGAAACUCGCCCCCAGCCCGGGCCUCCCCGACGCCCUCGAGAUCCUCGACUACCUCGUCGCCCGCGGCAACGACUUCGCGUCCCAGCGCGCGCGCGAGGUGCGCCGCAUGCGCGACCACCUGUCCACCUUCCUCGACAUCCCAAAGAACAGCCCGAGCGAGGCGCGGAACAGACCGCCCACCGUCGCUGGGGAUGCGAGCAUCGUCGUGUCGAUGGAUGACGACGGCGGUGGUCAGGAUGCAGAGGCGCGGCGGCAUGCGUUCCCGGGCUCCACGCCAAAGGAGGGUGGUGUGGUGACGCCGUCGGGCCGGACGAGUCAGCUUGGCUCGCGGAGUUUGCUGGACUCGAGUUUGUGGAAUGAUAUAUCGUACCUGUGGAUGCAGCCGGCUGCGGGCGAGGAUGCGCAGGUGCCGGAGCAGGCGGCGGGGAUGGCGGAGUUGAUGCCGGAGGAUGCGUAUAAUUGCUACUCUAUUUAUCAUAAUCAGGAUCUUACGCUUACGGGGCAGGAUUUGGGAGAUUUCGGGGAGUUGGAGAGGCAUAUCCUUGGGUUCGGUGGUUGA